AUGGAGAAAAAAUGUUUGAAACAAAAUUCAACCAAGUUCGUUGCUCACUAUCGAUCAUUAUCAACUACGACUGUUGCUAAAUCCAAUGUUUCAACAAACGAACGAGUCACAUGGUUCUAUAAAAUUGAAAAUGCGUCCGAUUCUUCUUGGUUACCAUUUGGUGACAUUGAAAAAGAAAUUAUUGAAAAAGCCUUUAUGAAUCACGAGCAACAAGUGCAACUCGAUCGUUGCUUAGUCAAUUUGGAGGAAAAUGUUCGAAUCAAUAAAGAAGACUCUUCUUUUCGAAUGCCAAUCAAACGGUGUGUUGGCCUUUCGUCCGACUAUAUUGGUCUUCGUCCAGAACGUUUCUAUAUACCUCAAAAACUCGUCAAAUCGUUCAGUGAUUGGAAAUCGAAUGAUCGUCGAUUCAUCAACGAAUGGCAGAGACAAAAUCGAGGUCUAUCAAUGAAUGAAUUGUUAGAACAAGCAGCAGAUGGUAUUAUCAAAGAAGGCAUUCAAUUGUGUGAACCAAUUGAAGCUAAAUGGAUAGCCGACGAACUUCUAUUACUUAAGAACAAAUCGAACGAAGAAAUCGAAAAGCGUGUCGUUUCGAUCUAUACUCGUGAGAGUUUUCUUUAUCGCCUAGUGAAUGCAACAUUGCGCGAGAAUGACUUAUCGAAAUUGUACAAUCUUGGUGCAUUCUGUUGGCUACUUUUUCAUUGUGAUUGUUCGUCAACAUUUCUCAGUCUAGGCUAUGCUGGUAAACUUUAUCGCGGUGCUCAACUCGACAAAGAUACUAUUGAAUCAUACAGACAAGCUAUUGGUCUCGUUAAAACUUGGGAUGCUUUCUCAUCGACUAGCAAGAAUCGAAAGAAAGCUGAAACAUUUGGUAACACGCUAUUUAUUAUUAGUCUUGCUAAAUCGGCCAAAUAUCGAUAUUCCGGCAUGGACAUAUCGUCGUUAUCUCUUUAUCCAGAUGAAGAAGAGGUACUUAUCCGGGCAAGCAGAAACUUUUUCGUAGACAACAUCGAACAAGAUAAUGUCACAGGAAAAUAUUUGAUUUAUUUAUCGUUAUGCUAA